GCUGGUGGAAAUUUGGGAAUGCGCGGUCAAGAUUUCUCCCGGGUUGAGCUGAGCUGAGCUCGGACAGGACGCUAGACUGACUGCAUCUGUGUGCGGGCUGUAAGACCAGCUGGGCUAAGAGAGAACACAUUGCAGAGGCUCAGAAGUGAAGAUCAGUCAGCGGACAGAAAGUGGACACAGCUUCGUGAGGACAGUGUCUCGGACCACAGACAUAGACACAAGCACUUACCCUAACAAACACUGCAACAGUCACACAGCUGGUUUUAACCAGGCCAGUAUUUGCGUUUGACCCCACUUUACCAUCUCAGGUGCAGGAAGGCGUUUAGACAGACAGACAUUAGUGAGAUUCAUCCGCCCCCCCUCGAGAGAAAACAUCACUAUUAUAUUCACACCUGUUGGCAGAUUCCUUCAUUAUAAAUUUUGUUUUGUACUCGCUGACCAAACACCCAUCUCUGACCCACAUAUUCCUCUCUCAUGGGAGUAACAUAGAGAACAGCCCAGCAAAGGCACUCUCUGCUCACUCUCUCUCAUUCACACACACACACACACACACACACACACUCAUCUGCACCGUAUUCAGGAUGCCCUCCUCCUCCAGCGUGAUUAGCUGGGGAAGGAUGUGGCUCUUGUGGUGAUUGGAGGGGGGAGUGAAGCGGAGCUGGACCCAUGUCGUGGAAGCGGAACUACUUUGCGUCAGGCAGCAGUGGGCUGCAGGGGAUGUUUACCCCACGCACCAUGACCUCCAUCGCACCCAGCAAAGGCCUGAGCAAUGAGCCGGGUCAGAACAGCUGCUUCCUAAACAGUGCGCUACAGGUCCUUUGGCAUCUUGACAUCUUCCGCAGAAGCUUCCGUCAACUGAACACCCACAAGUGCAUGGAGGACUCGUGCAUCUUCUGCGCUCUGAAGAGCAUCUUCGCCCAGUUCCAGUUCAGCAGUGAAAAGGUGCUCCCAUCGGACGCUCUGCGCAGCGCUCUGGCCAAAACCUUCCAAGACGAGCAGCGCUUCCAGCUGGGCAUCAUGGACGACGCGGCUGAGUGUUUCGAGAAUCUCCUGAUGCGGAUCCACUUCCACAUCUCAGAUGAGACCAAGGAGGACAUCUGCACGGCCAAGCACUGCAUCCCACAUCAGAAGUUUGCCAUGACACUUUUCGAACAGUGUGUUUGUAAUAAUUGUGGAGCCACGUCGGAUCCUCUCCCUUUCAUUCAGAUGGUGCACUACAUCUCCACCACCUCUCUCUGCUGCAGUAACCAAGCUGUGCGAAUGCUGGAAUGUAAGGAGAAGCCCACACCCGACAUGUUUGGAGAGCUUCUCCGCAAUGCCAGCACCAUGGGCGACCUGCGAAACUGUCCGAGUAACUGUGGCGAAAUGUUGCGGAUUCGGCGGGUUCUGAUGAACUGCCCGGAGAUCAUCAGCAUCGGCCUGGUGUGGGACUCAGACCACUCUGAUCUAGCUGAAGACGUCAUCCACAGCCUGGGCACGUGCCUGCGGUUGGGUGAUCUGUUCUACCGUGUGACGGAUGAGCGGGCCAAGCAUUCAGAGCUCUACCUUGUGGGCAUGGUUUGCUACUACGGCAAGCAUUACUCCACCUUCUUCUUCCAGACCAAGAUACGCAAGUGGAUGUACUUCGAUGACGCUCAUGUGAAGGAGAUUGGACCCAAAUGGAAGGAUGUGGUGUCGAGAUGUAUAAAAGGCCACUACCAGCCACUCCUGCUCCUGUAUGCUGACCCCCGAGGAACGCCCGUGUCAUCGCAGGACAUGCUGGCAGCGCAGUUAGACCUGCAUCACAGCAGCAAGGCUGGCUAUGACAGCGAAGACUCCGGGAGGGAGCCCUCAAUUUCAAGUGACACACGCACAGACUCUUCCACAGACAGCUGCAGCUACAAGCACUCUCGAUCACACCAUGAGUCCAUGGCCUCCUAUUUCUCUUCUGACUCUCAGGGAACUGUGGUGUGUAAUCAGGACAGCAGCGGUUCCCAAAACAGCGUGGACACUGCAGGGGAGGUUCUUAAAGACCGGGCCACUCCCCUUUGUACGCCAAGAACCUCUUCUACUGGCCAUCUGCAGGAUUAUAAAGAGACUGUGAAUAUGAUCCACAGCAGACCCCUCUCAUCGUCCUCUAGUUCAGGGGUGGGCGGCUCGGAGGCUGGGGCUCGGUCGAGGGACUGGGAAGACGAGAGCACCAGCAGUGAGUCUAAGUCCAGCUCCAGUGGAGGGUGCUAUCGGCCCACUUGGAGACCAAGGAGAGAGGCCCUGAACAUUGACAGCAUCUUCAGCCGGGAAAGGCAUCGGCCGCCUGGGUACGCCACGCUUGGGCCCUCCCCGCUGCCGGAAGACCCGAUGUCACCGGUGCACAGCGAGCUGGUCUCAGGGGCUGCGGCGGGGGGGUCAAAUAUUGUAGCAGAAGAGACUGGAGCCAUGACCGAUGGCUCAGGGUGCUUGUCAGAGACAGGAGUGGAACAUCUACCGAUCCCACCACCUUUAAGAGGCGUAGAACAGCAGCCUCGGCUUAUCCAGAGGAUGGAGAGUGGCUACGAAAGCAGUGAGAGGAACAGUAAUAGCCCCAUCAGCAUGGACAUGCCCCUCAGUGACAACCAGAGCACCAGUGCUCACAGGGACAGCGGCAGUAAGAGGCCAGUCAUUUCUGGGCCCUCCUGGCGCACUGUGCCCAAGUCCAAAAGCAGCAGUGCCAUCCUGCAAGACCUCAAAUCACCCACCUGGAGCAGCACUCCACUGAGUUUGGGAGAGGGGCGCAGCGAGCUGGAUGAAUUACAAGAGGAAGUUGCUCGCAGGGCUAGGCAGCAGGAGCUCCAGAGGAAGAAGGAGAAGGAGAGAGAAGUAGCGCAGGGCUUCAACCCCAGACCCAGCAAGUUCAUGGACUUGGAUGAACUUCAGCACCAGGGGAAGGGGGGCAGUUUUGAGCACUGCCUGGCGGAGGCUGACUCUCUCUUAGAGCAGUCGCUGCGUCUGGAGCAAGCUGGGGACACAGCUACAGCCCUGGCGCUCUCCCACCACGCUGUGUCUAAACUAAGAUUUUCCAUGCAUGAGGGCAGUGCUAACACUCAUAGCAGGACUAUGGCUGCUGACGCCAAGCUGCAAAAAUGCAUGAGGAGAGCGCGGGGCCUACAGCAGCGCAUGCAGCAAGAGCAAGAGCAGCAGCAGGAGCCCAGCCGCCCACAGGGGCCCACCAGUGAACACCCUGGCCCGGACCAAGUAUUGUUGACAGACAAUCAGGAAGAGGUCUGGGAGACCAAUCAGUUUUCUGUGCUUGGCCCACCCUCUCCUCAACACAUGAAAUCACCCUCCUCUUGUACAAACUCCCCAUCUCAGUCCUCUAGCCACCCAUCGCUCAACCCUCGGCCUGCCUCUUCUCAGGCGCAACCCCAAGAGCCAGAUGAACGUAGCAGUUGGUCAACCCAGAAUAAGGAGGAAUGGGGUGGCAUCAGGUUAUCAGAUGUUCUCCAAGCAUCAGGCAUUCGGAUCAUGCCCAUACGCAAGCACCUGGCCAUAUCUCUACCUUCUUUGCCCCUUGACUUCUGGGGUGUUUUGGGAGAGGACGAAGAGAUCUCCAGCUGUCAGCACCCUCAAGCUUCGUUCUCUCAAUCUCCAAAUCCUCCUUUGUGGCAGGGCACUGCAGAUUGUCUAGACCGGAUACCCCAAUCCAGCCGGGCCACCAGUCCACCACCUGUCCCUGUUGAUGAGAAGGGGGCAAUGCCCCGACGAGCCCCCAUAUGGCAGCCCCUGUCUGCAUCUUCCCAGCCUUGCUCCAAACUGACCCCUCCUGUUGCUGCCCGUCAUUGGUCCUCUUGGAGCCUAGACCGCCCUGAUGCUGUCAUCACCCCCUACGACACACCACCUGACCAGAACCAGCGGACAGGAACCGCUCUCUAUCAACACACACCUGGAAGACACCUUGCUCCUCACAGUCCCAUUAGCACCAGGAAGAAGAACAUCUCUAAGCACUCAAACUUCCAAAGCAUGGAGCUGGAACCCACAGCGGCAGAGGACCAGGAACUCUCUGAACUGGACUCACUCUACCAGGCUAGUCUCCAGGCUGGCCCGGGUCCUGGCCGAGCCCUGUGUGGUACCAGCUCACCUGCUGUUGGGAGACAAGUACCUCCUGCUGCACGAAAGCUGCUCACUGGAGUUGGACGUUCCCGAACCCCCACGGCUGAGCUCGAGAGAACCGCUUAUGGACCACCAGGUUGUAGCAGCCCUACUGGAUACACAAACAUGUCCCUGUCAGUGGCCCAUCAAGAGCUGCAGUCAGGAGAGGAAGACCAGUAUGAUGCAGAUCACCUGCGCCGUAUUGCUCGCAGCCUGAGUGGAACUGCGAUAGGGAGACGCCAAAACCGACUUGCUGUCUCCCGAAGCUUCCUGGGGGACUCCGGGGUUUCGCCAUAUCACAGCUCCAUGUACUCACCUAGUUGCCUUCAGUUUCCAUUGUCUCAUUCAGACCUCCAUCUGCUCCAGCCCAGCUAUCUUCAUCUCCUUCCAUCAUCUUCACCUCUGUCUCAGCAGCCUGGGCCUUGCAGAGAGGUCCCAGGACGUCUCCAGAGGUUCUCCAAGCUUCUGGCUGUGUUUGACGGGCGUCAAACUGUCUCCAGUGGGAAGCACUACGGUCCAGCACUGAGGUGUCCCAACCAAUUGGCUUUGGAUGCAACCAUGUCCUCCAGCCCUGGAAGGUUUCCACAGAUGGAUUUCUUCCUCUGGACAACCUUUCUGCACACCAAUCCCAUUCUCUUCACAGUUUCUUGGAGAACUGGAAGGAGCACUUCCCGAGACCUGAUGCCAUCCUCAGUCACCCUGCGCUCUGUAUUGGUCCUUGGGUGAUGUUCUUUCAUUACCCUGCUCUAGUCGGUAAUUCUUUCCAUGCAAAAGGCCCCAAAACUCGAUCCACAGCAUGCUGGAAAGAGCCACAGAAACCAACUUUUUUUUUCUUCUUUUUUUCCACAAGCACUGGUAUGGUGUGAUGCUUUGGGGCUCAGGUGUGUGUGUAUGACUAACCUAUGGUCAGACCUGCAGCAUGCAAUGUUAGGAGCGUGGGGUCCAAACCCGGAUCCCCCGCAGUGAGCCAUCCAACCCAGAGCACUUAACUUAAUUAACUAAAAUGUUUAAUUAACUGCAGAGGAGAAUCAUACUGUACCUCCAUGCUGCACUAAACAGUAAAUGUGUGUUUGUGUGUAUGCGUGUGUGCAUGUGUUGGGUAGUAAAAGGGGAGGGGCUUAUUGUAACUCUGCCCUCUUUAACUUUUACAGUACCGGUAAAAAGUUUGGAAUAAUUAGGAUUUUUUUUUAAUGUUUGAAAGACAUAUCUUAUGCUCAAUAAGACCGUAUUUAUUUGGUCAAAAAUACAGUAAAAAACGGUAAAAAAAACUUGUGAAAUAUUAUUACAAUUUAAAAUAACUUUUUUUCCAUUGACGGCAAAGCUGAAUUUACAGCAUCAUUACUCCAGUCUUCAGUGUCACAUGAUCCUUCAUAAAUCAUUAUAAUAUGCUGAUUUGCUGCUCCAGAAACAUUUCUUGUCAAUAUUAAAAAUGGUUGUGCUACUUUGUUUCUCGAGUACCAAAUCAGCAUAUUAGAAUGAUUUCUUAAGGAUCAUGUGACACAGAAGACUGGAAUUAUGGCUGCUGAAAAUUCAGCUUUGCCAUCACACGAAUAAAUCACUUUUUAAAAUGUAUUUUCAGAAAACAGUACAACAGAAGAAAACAGUAAAUUGCAAUAAUAUUUCACAAUUAUUACUGAUUUUACUAGGUUUUAUCAAAUAAACGCAGCCUUGGUGAGUAUAAGAGACUUCUUUCAAAAACAUAAAAAAAAAAAAGAAAAAUCCAAACUUUUGACCAGUAGUGUAUGAAAAAACACACUUUACCCUUCCUCCUCGCCUGUCCCACAGAUGCAAAUCCUCUGCAAACCAAUGUCCCGGAAAUCGUUGUCGCUUUGCGGAACUAUUUUUCCCAACUCUCCUGCAAACUUUUUUUUGGUAGCGGGUGGGUUAAUGUCAUGUAGAUGCUAAGUACUUUAUCCUGUACUAAGUGAAUAGAGAUGUUUUGUACGGUGUCAUCUCUCAGCUCUGGUGCUUUUUGUCGGAGCAGGCAUGUAAAUCUGCGGCCCUGGCGUGGAGAACGGAACGAGACUGUCUCUUCUAACCUUUUUCCUCCUACUUCUCUGAUACGGGCAUUCCCUGUAGCACACAGCUGUUUUGUGUCUCGUGUUACAGGCAAAGACUGUGUACAUGUUUGACUGAACAUACACUAAUAAAUAAAUUUAUUGUUAAUAAAAAACUAUGACAUCCUAAGAAAUAUACAGAGGAAUGGAGAAACUACGUAAUGACGUUAUGGAAUGUUAAUCAAUUCUAGUGGUAAUAAUUAUUAUCUGCAUUAAGACAAGUAUAGUACACUUCAGAAGUGUAAAGCUGGAGAAAUUCUGCUAUUUUAAUUCCAUUGACAGUUCUCCCGUUUAUACAGGGAGAUAUGCCAAGUUAAGCUUCCUUUUUAUUGUUUAUUUUACUUGAUUCGAUUUUUAUUUUAACUUGCAGUGACACUGAAACCACAGUCGUGAGUCUGGCACAUGAUGGAUCUUCAGGCCUGUAAUAGUUGAGGGUUUCGAUUUUGUAGAAUCUACAUUAUUUCUAGAUUUUACUUUAAAGCGACACAGCUGAAGAAUGUUUUGGCCCUGAUAGCGUACAUGAAGCUUAUAUGCAAAGCUUCACUAGACUGAAAUUUGGACAGUAUAUAAGUGGCCUUGUGCAAGGAAUGCUUUCAUACUGUUAUUCAAAUAAACAUAAGAUUUGUGAGAUAUAUUAACGAAAAUCUAAUACUCACCAACAGAUGUCGGAUCACAAUAUAAUAUGAUUAAUGCAGUAUUUAACUUUUAAUUCUAAUCAUAUUGUGCUGUGAUAUGUACCUUUUUUCAUUAAAAGCCUUUGAGUGCUAAAAUAAAAUUUAUUAUAAAAUAUAUAACUUAAAGAGAAAUAGAUCUUAUUUAACUUUGUCUUAACCAAAGAUUGGCUCUAACACAAAGAUAUGUUUUUUUGGUUGUUUUUUUUUUUGUCGUCAUUUAGCCUAUUCAUCUUUCCUUUUGUUUAAAGGAUGUUUGAGAAUGUAGCAAAGAUGGUGUAUGAGUAUGCUAUGCAAAAUGCUCUCUCCUGAUCUACCAGCAAAGAGUCAGACUGGGACAAAAUCAAAUAUUUUUUCUUCUUUUCGUUUCCUAUAUACUGAGGAAGAAAAUGAUUUUCUGCUGAAUUGUUGAAUAUUUACUUAUUAAUGUCUGUACAGUUAACAGCCUUUGAAUGCGAGUUGUAGCCAGUGAGAGGUGGAUUUCUCGAAGAUGAAAUGGCAUUUCAAGGGUUUUCCAUUUCGGGACUCAUUUGUAAAUGCUUGAGGUUGAGUGAACUUGUAUUUUUGCAAUAAAGUUAUUACCAAUGCACUCCAGCAGGGGCGCUGCACAAACGCCUACA